GCUGCCAAGCUAAACUUUAUUAUGUUCCAGAUUAGAGAUCAACAUGAGGUCAUUGCACACUGACCACUCAGUCCUCCUUGAAAAUAAUAUCGCCAUUCCUGGAAGAUCAGACACCUCUGUACGUGGAUAGUAGAAGGAUCUGAAGUAUUUUAAUAGCAUUAGACGACCUGCGCAGCACAGUGGUAUGAUGGUUAGUACCGUUGUCUCACCGCAAGAAGGUCCUGCGGUGAGACCUGAGUUCCUCCACAACCUUUCUGCGUGAGUUUUGUCUCCCUCCCAGAGUCCAAAGACAUGUGGUUCGUUAUCGUUAGUUAUUUGGUUAUUCUAAGUUGGCAAUAGGUGUGAACGCGAGUUUGGAUGGUUGUCUGUCUCUCUGUCUGUUAGCUGUGCGUCAUAUUCGUGACAUGUCCAGGUUAUACCCUGCCUUUCGCCCUAUGGUAGCUGGGAUAGGCUUGCUUCCUAUGAAAAGUAAUUUCUUCUUUCCAACAGUCAUCAAGUGCUUUCUGGAGGAUUACCCAGUUGUUGGGGUUUCUCUCUUGUAUUGUAAGAUCUAAUAAUGGGCAAAGUGAGGCUUUGUGAUACAGUGAAAUAUUUGAAGCAGUAAUGCCAGGAUUAUGUUGCAGUUUCAAUGUAAAACAUGAAUCUCACACGAAUCUCCACAGUGUCACCCACUGGCCACUUUCACUAUCAUCACACCUUGGUGUGAUGCGAGCUCCUCUGCGCUGGGUGCUAUGGGAUGUGAAGGACACCCUGCUGAAGGUGCGCUCAUCUGUGGGAGAGCAGUACUGCAAGGAGGCAGAGCGUAUGGGCUUGAGCCUCAGUCCUGUGGAGGUCGACGCUGCUUUCCGGCAGGUUUAUCGACAGUAUUCCAGUAGAUACCCAAACUACGGCAUCAGUCAGGGCCUGAAUGGACAGUCAUGGUGGAGGGGGGUGGUGCGGGACACUCUCUCUCAGUGUGGUGUACAGGAGCCAGACUUGCUAAACACAGUAGCCAACAAUCUUUACCAUAACUUCUGCAGCGCAGAUAACUGGGAGGUAUUUCCAGACUCAAAGAAGGCUCUGGAGAGUUGUUCUUCUCUUGGACUGAAGCUGGGUGUGGUGUCCAACUUUGACAACCGCCUGGAAGCAAUCUUACACGUUUGUGGGCUGUUGUCAUACUUUAGCUUUUUAAUAACAUCAGAAGAGGCUGGUGUAGCAAAGCCCAGUCCGGCCAUCUUUAGUCAGGCACUGCAAAAAUGUGGUGUGCCAGCUGAUAGAGUAGCUCAUAUUGGGGACCAUUAUGUUAAUGAUUACCUCACUUCUCGGUCUAUGGGUAUUCACGGCUUCCUUUUAGACAGACAUAAGGAUGGCCAACUCGAUGUUCCUAGGGAGCAUCGGCUGAUUUCACUGGAUGAGCUGCCGUCACGGCUCCAGCAGCAUAUGAACUAACAUGAGUCAUAAGAUAAGAUAACCUUUAGUCCCACACGUGGGAAAUUUGUUUGGUUACAGUAGAAACAAACGGUGUCAAGUGAAAUCUACUCAGAACAAACUGGCUUAAUUAGCGAAAUAAUGUAUGGACUGUUGACUUAAGUAUAUCAAACUACUUCAUCCUCAUAAGACAAAUGAAAUGCUGAUAGAAAAAUGUAAAGAAAUCUUAACAUAUUGUAUAGUUAUGUUUCAUGUCUUUGUAUUAUAAAAUAUGUUGGGAAAAAUAAGCCUCUAACUAUACUGUGUCUCUGAAAAUAGAGAAUAUGAAGUGAGGCAGCAAACUGUCAGACCUUCGACAAGGUUCUGAAAACAUUCCUGAGAGAUUGUGGUCCAUGUUGAUAUGAUGGCAUGCAAUUGCCAUAUGCUGUUUGGCACGUGCGCAUCCAUGAUGCAAAUCUCCUGUUCCCCACAUCCCAAAGGUGCUCUGUUGGAUCAAGGUGUGGAGACUAGAGCCCAUUUUAGUGCAUUGCCAUGUCCAAGAGAACUAUUUCAGAUGAUCUGAGCUUUGUGACAUUAGAAGAUGGGAACACUGUGGUCAUAAAAGAGUGGACAUGUUGCGCAAUAAUAAUCGGCUCAUUUGGUACAGUGUCCCAAAGGAUAGAUUCAUGGUUUUCUGGUGUUUUAAGCCAAAUUCUGACCCUACCAACUGACUGUCACAGCAGAAAUCGAGACUCAUCAAACGAGGCAACUUUCUUUUCCUAAUCUACUGUCCAAAUGUGUUAAUUUUCCUGUUUGACUGAAGUCCCUGUGUGGUCGUCAAGGUUCAAGGUGUUAUGCGUUCAGCAAUGCUGUUCUGCAUACCUUGGAUGUAACGUGUUUUGAUGCUGUUGCCUUCCUAUCAGCUCAAAGGAGUCUGGUUAUUCUCUGACCUGUAGUAGCCACAGUGCAUUUUCUGCAAGAGAACUGCUGCUCACCAGGUAUUUUCUCUUUAAUCAACUAUUCUCUGUAAACCCUAAAGAUGCUUGUUUGGGAAAGAUCCCAGUUGAUCAGUGGUUUCUGAAAUAAUAAGACCAGCACAAAUAACCAGUGAGGUCGUAUUGAGCACAUCUAUAUGGCUGUGUGCAUUGACUUGAUUUAUAUUUUAUUGAUGUCAGUGACUUUAAGGUGGUUGACUGCAAAAAAAAUCAGCACUGAAGUCUAUAGUUUGUGUCUUUGCUUCUCUGUAAUGUCAUAUCUGCACCAUCAGGCUAAAAUGUCUGCUGGCACCAAGGUAGUGCCAGUGGAAAGCAUAACUGAGGACUACAACUUUUUUUUUUUUUUAAAUUAAGAAGUUUAUAUUAACCACUGGAGGAAUUGUUUUAGAAGACAAGCCCAGAAAUGUUUUUGCAGCACUCAGGACAUGUCAAUUCUUUUACCAUCUUUUUUAAUAAUCGGUUAUUUGGAACUUGUCCCCACAUUUAGGGAAAUUAUACAAAACAACCGAGUAACCAUCUGCUUUGAGCAGAGCUGCUAUGAAUUGUAGGCAGCAAAUGUAUUUGCAAUUGAUUGUGUCAAGUCACAUAAAACAUCCACAGAUCAGCUGAAAUAUCAUGGCAGGAGUCUUGCUGUAAAAUAAAGUGUCCUGAAAGUUG